AUGAGUGUCAGUGGUAACGGGAUGGAAGUCCACGCGCUCCCCAAGCACGAAUCGCGUACUACUACUACGGGUUCGGAGAUUGAUUUUAAUAGCUCUUCUGUUCCUUCUACUGCUGAGACACCGUUACUGUCCGGCAAAGAGGUGGCCGUCUCAACCACAUCAGACAAAAGCUGUUUGAGUGUUAGUAUUGCCAAUCUCACUAAGAAUAUCAUCGGUGCUGGCACAAGUGAUUUUGCUCAACUGUGGACCAUAUGUUUCGGAAAGAAAUCAGCUUGGGUGGUGGAUCUGAUCAUGUUCCUCUGCACGGGCUGUCUAUGUCUGGGCUUCUCGAUCAUUAUAUGCGACUAUCUCAGUGAGUUCAACCUCCGUAUUGGUUUGCCAUGGUGGGCCUGCACUCGUCUUUUCGUCGGGAUUAUCUCCCUCGUACCCAUUUUGCCAUUAGCCUAUUCAAAGUCUCUACACUCGUUGGGAUGGGUGUCUAUCGUCGGCCUAUUGGCUACGGCAUACACUUUCGUCUACGUUGUGGCGGAUACUGUUGAGUUUACUGAGGAAGGCGGUAAUGCCGAUCUUGGUCAACCUCGAUCCGAGAUAAGUCUGAUGACUGUUCUAGAAGCCGUCAGUCUGUUUGCUACAGCGUAUGUUUGCCACUACAACGCCCCUAAAUUUAACACUGAGUUGAAGAACUCUACCCCUAAACGAUUCAAUCAGGUCUCCCUGGUCAGCUUCGUGGUCUCUGGCCUCGUGUAUGCUGUCUUCGCCUGGGCUGGCCAUGUACGAUUCGGGGAUAGUGUUAAUGGUGAUGUUCUUACAGAUUACCAAGGUUCUACUGCUGGUGUUGGGUGUAUGCUGAUGUGGUUGUUUAUGGCUCUCUGCCUCAUAUGCGGCUACCCGGUAACCUAUCUUUCCUCUCAAGAGUCUCUUCGUAGACUUGGUGUCCAUAUCCCUACAUGGAUCUAUGUUUGCCUUCUCGUGCUUGGCGGUAUAUUAAUUCGUAAUCUAUCAUUUUUCCUAGCUCUAGAAGGCUCCCUAUUGGGUGUCACUGUGGGCUUCACACUUCCUGGGAUGAUGUUUGUAAUCUUAUCUUACAAGACUACCUGGGCCAAGGGUAAGCGUUCUAUCCUCCUUUUUAGCUGGUCUAGCAUUGUUAUUGGUAUCUUCUGUACAGUAGUGGGUGUUGUCUCCACAUGCAUCACUGGUUAA